CUCAAAGUCAAAAAUAUAAUGUACGCCACUAGAGUUAAGAGGUACAGACAUUACUGUUUAAGGCUUACAUGGCUUUCUCCAAUUAAAAAAGGAAAUGGUUUAAACAUGAACUGGAGCUGGUUCCAAGAGCAAAGAUAAACUGGUUUGAAAACGUCCACAGUUUUUAUGAAAUUUUUCGAAGUGUUGAAACGUAAUCAUUCACGGUGACAAAUUGAACUUUUAUUACAAAAUGUCGGCUCUCAAUCCGCUGGCGAGAACUUUCGUUCCUGCAAAUGCUCCUUCUAAAGACGGUUACAUACUGGUUUUAACAAUAAAACUUUUUGAGCAAUUUAUUAAAUCCAAAAUUGCCUGUGCCGACUUCCUACUAAAGAAAUCGGAAAUCGCAACCAUUAUUGAACAUAUCCUAAGUUGCAGAAUAAAUAAAAGGACCGAAACCUUAAGCAUCCGGGCGUGCGUUUCUUCGAAACUUGCAGAGAGGUAUCUUGUGCAUCAACUUGAUGAUAGGCCAAGAGACCCAUGGAAGGGUUCCUCAUGGCGGCUUUCAAAAAAGCAAGAAUUUAAGCUACCGAAGCCUACGAUAUUGUUAGUAGCAUUUUGGGGUCUAUACCGCCACGAGCAAUUUCUGAGACCCACAAUUAAACUAACCCACCGUCCGGAACGUUUCAAAGAUAAGAUUUGGUCGGUGACACCCGAAAAUGGAAGUCUGUGGAAUCCUUGUUCUGAGAAUUCUGAAUGUAGUUGCCCUCCGAUGUUUGGUUACACAUUGCCACUUGACUUUUUCGGCAAUCCUUUUUCUUUGACCAGCUCCUGUAAGAGGAAAGAAAUUCAUGUUUGCAAUUAUCCUGAAGUCCCAGACGGUAAUGAAAUUGAUGUACAUCUGAACAAUAUAUGCAAUUAUCCUUUAGAUCUGGAUGAUGUGUUUGAAGAUUUUAAUGAAAACGACAGCUAUCAAGAACUGAAUUUGGACUUUUAUUCCAAUCAGCUGCAAGAUAUCGUUAAUGAUGUGUGUGAAAUGUUAAAAGAUUCGGCCGAGGGUGAUAUGAAUUCCACUCCAGAUUUGGAUAUGAAUUCCACUCCAGAUUUGGAUAUGAAUUCCACUCCAGAUUUGGAUAUGAAUUCCACUCCAGGGAUGGAGAUGAAUUCCACUCCAGGGAUGGAGAUGAAUUCCACUCCAGGGAUGGAGAUGAAUUCCACUCCAGGGAUGGAGAUGAAUUCCACUCCAGGGAUGGAGAUGAAUUCCACUCCAGGGAUGGAGAUGAAUUCCACUCCAGGGAUGGAGAUGAAUUCCACUCCAGGGAUGGAGAUGAAUUCCACUCCAGGGAUGGAGAUGAAUUCCACUCCAGGGAUGGAGAUGAAUUCCACUCCAGGGAUGGAGAUGAAUUCCACUCCAGGGAUGAAUUCCACUCCAGGGAUGAAUUCCACUCCAGGGAUGAAUUCCACUCCAGGGAUGAAUUCCACUCCAGGGAUGAAUUCCACUCCAGGGAUGAAUUCCACUCCAGGGAUGAAUUCCACUCCAGGGAUGAAUUCCACUCCAGAGAUGAAUUCCACUCCAGGGAUGAAUUCCACUCCAGGGAUGGAGAUGAAUUCCACUCCAGGGAUGAAUUCCACUCCAGAGAUGAAUUCCACUCCAGAGAUGAAUUCCACUCCAGAGAUGAAUUCCACUCCAGAUGAAUUCCACUCCAGAGAUGAAUUCCACUCCAGGGUUGGAUGAGAAUUUCCAAUUUGAUACUGCUUCAUUAUGGGAUUAUUCACUGGACCCUGAGGUACCAAAGCUGUUUAACACGGUGGCAGAGGAUAAUGGUUGCCAUCCUUUGUUAGAGAUUCGGGAUUCUAAUGAUGAAGUUCGUGAUCUGAAGCGUUUGAAAUCAUUAAACUGAGAAAGACUGUACUAAAUUAACAAGUCUGCGUUUCGGGCUGGAAAGAUCAAGCAAGCGUCAAACUGUUUUCAGAUGUAUGCUCUAAAGCUACCGUUAACCUUGUGAACUCCAAGCUUGUUUGGUCUAGGCCGAUGACUAAGGACCGAUACGGCAUUUUAACAUUUUACUGUUCUAUAACUUGCAAGCAACGUGCUUGUUUCUCAAGUGUGACUGUCUUCAUCUUGUAUUGAAGUACUUGAAAUGUUCGAUGCGAGCUCAUCUUUGACGAUUUUAGAUUUAUAUUCUUCGUGAAAUAUUUUAUAUUAUAAAUAUUACCAACCUUUUAAAUGGAAAUUUUAGACUUGAAAUGAAACUGCUUUAUUUUA